UGGGUUUGAUUGUUACUUUUAGCUUUAUCUGCCGACACAAAAUCCAGGCCAUAAAGGGUCACAACUACUGCUCUGCUUAAGACACUCAAACUCAACACAGCUUUGAGCUUCUUUUCUUCCUCAACGCAAAGUCUUUUUCUCUUGGUUUUUGUCACUAACUAGUAACAACGUCCAUGGACUGUUGCCGGAAUGUCUCUGUCUCCGGUGAGUACCACCACCAGCAAGAGCAAGUGCAAGUGCAAGUGCUUUCUCCUCCUUGCUCCAAGCUUGGUUCUUUAACUAGUACCACUACUACUCAUGCCUCUUUUGACGACCUUUUCCCCGCUCAAAACACGGAGGUGGAUGUGAGCUUGGAAUGGCUGUCAAUUUUUGUGGAGGACUGUUUUUCAAGCACAGGGAACUGUCUUCCAGCUACAGCUGUUCCCAAAACAAGUGUUGAAAAUGGAAGUACAAAAACACCAAAACCCUCAAAACCCUUGUUGCGGAAUAAUAAGCUCCAACAAACCCCACCUUCUUUACAGAAGUUUGUAGUUCCAGGCAAGGCCAGAAGCAAAAGAAAGAGAUCACCACCAGCUUCCAUUUCCAAAGAUAAACCUUUAAUUUUUCACCCGUUCACCACCUGGAGUAGUACUCACCACAACCAACUCCUUAACUUGCCCACCUCAGACUCUCCUUUGCUCCACCACCACCAGGCCUAUUGGCUGGCUGACAGUCAACUCAUUGUCCCCAAAAAAGAAUCCACCGCCCCCACCCCCACCACCACCACCACCACCAACAACAAAGUGAAGGAUUCUGAUGUGCAAAGUAAAGAAGAGGAGGUGGAGGAGGGGGUGGAGAAGAGUUUUGUGGAGGGGAACAUUGGGGGACAGCAGCCAAGGAGGUGCACCCAUUGCUUAGCACAAAGGACCCCACAGUGGAGGGCAGGACCAUUGGGUCCAAAAACUCUAUGUAAUGCAUGUGGGGUGAGGUACAAGUCAGGGAGGUUGCUGCCUGAGUAUAGGCCAGCCAAAAGUCCUACUUUCGUGAGCUAUUUGCACUCUAACUCUCACAAGAAAGUUAUGGAGAUGAGAAUGGCCUUGCUCCCUUCGGUCCCCAAGUGAUCUUCCCUUGGAAAUUUCUCAUUUUUCAGUAUGUAAAUUAAAGUUUAGAGUUUUAGAUAUAAAAAUAUGGAGAAAUUUUUAACUACUAGUAGUAGUAGUAGUAGUACUAUUAGCAGUGCUUAUUUGUUUAGGCUUUAGUAUCAGUCUACUUUUAUGCUUCCACUUAUUAGUGAAAAUUCAAAACUUUAAGGCCUUCUUCUUCUUCUUCUUCAGUUCUUCAAACAUCUCUCUCUUGAGCAAAUUUUAUUGGGGUUGUUCCAAAAAGUGCUUAUGGGUAUUGGGGCUGUGCAAGAGCCCUAGCUUCUUUUGCUUUUCGUAUAUUGUUUAUGAUAUUUUGUUUUGAAUUUGUAUAUAGAAUCCAAGACUGAUU